AUGACUGAAAUUGAUGAGUUUACAUUAAGAGAUGAAAUUGAUCUUUCCACAUCAUUAUUUAUUAUUGAAAAUAAAAAUAAUUUAGAUGCAAAUAAGGCUUUCGAUAGCUGUAACUGGGAAUUGUUGUUUGAAAAACUUAAUUACAACAAAAAAUUAUCGCUAUCAGUAGUUCGCGCACUUCAAUCACUAUACCUAUCGGGUACUGCUAGUAUAUCAUACCUUGGGCAUAAAUCAAAUCAUUUCCAUUGCAAAGUUGGAACAAUGAUAAGUGGGGUGUACACCGGUAUUAUAGCUUAUGCAGACGAUAUAAUCCUACUAAGUCCUACUCUUUCUGGUUUACAAGAAUUGGUUGAUAAAGUUCAGUCACAAUGCCAAAACCUAUAUAUCAAACUAAACACUGAAAAAACCGAGUUUAUUAUAUCCGGUAAAAGCUCAAUUACAAAAAAUUCAAUUCAAGUAAACGGCUUUUCCAUACACCUCAAGAAUAAACUGAAACACCUCGGAUUCCUAUGGGAUAAUCAAAAUAAUACAAAAAAUAUAGCAACACUUCAAACAUUAAAUGUAAACGAAAGUAUUAUUCAGUUUCAAUCAAUAUCCAGAGCUCUUAUAAAAUCGGAUAUUCGUUUUUGUCAACCAUUAACCAUAAUACACUUGUUUAAAUCACUGGCUAUACCGAAUUUAUCAUACGGGUUAGAAAUUUGUUGUUAUAAUAAUUCACUUCUUAAUAAACUAGACGCUGUUGGAAGUUUCUCAAGAAAAGCCAUGGUUGGGUGUGCUCUUGAUGGUGUUGUACAUUGUUCAUGUUGCGGGUAUGGAGUCAUUGAGGUGAAAUUUCCAUACAGUCUUAAAGAUAUUGGAUUAGCUUCAUCAACAAACAAUGACAAUUUUAUUGUAAAAAAAUACAAUAGCAGCUUUAAAUUAGAAAGAACCCAUCCAUACUUUAGUCAGUACAAAGUUUUGGAAGCAUGUGAUCGUACCAGAACUAAUGACAAAGAAGUUAGAAAUCACAGAUAA